GAACCUGUGGACUGUAGUGCUUACUCGCUGUGUCGGUCGCAGUCUCAGAGAUUCAGUCAGCCGGCUGCCGUUGUCCAAGGCACACACAUACGAGGCCUCGUUGCUGUAGCCACCUCCUCCUCCUCCCUCGACAAGUGGAUAUUCACACCGGAACACAAUGCCGGAAGCAUACGUAACCCUAGCGACCAACAAUGGCUAUGCUGCGGGCGCCUUGGUGCUGGCCCAUUCCCUGCGCUCUUGCGGCACCACCAAGGACCUGUGUAUCAUUAUCACGCCGGCUGUCUCACCCGACAUAAAGUCCCUGCUGGAGCAAGUGUUUAAUGCCGUAGUCACAGUCGAUGUCCUGGAUUCAGGAGACUCCGCCCACUUGGCUCUGAUGAAGCGACCAGAGUUGGGCGUCACCUUCACAAAGUUCCACUGCUGGACCCUCACCCAAUACACAAAAUGCGUAUUUCUCGAUGCUGAUAUGUUGGCUGUACAGAAUCCAGAUGAGCUCUUUUCCCAUCCAGAGCUGACAGCAGUUUGCGACAUUGGUUGGCCAGACUGCUUCAACUCCGGAAUGUUCGUGUUCGUUCCCUCCCAGGACACAUACGCCAAGUUGCUUCACAUGUCAGAAACCACUGGAAGCUUUGAUGGUGGUGAUCAGGGCAUUCUUAACACAUUCUUCCCCAACUGGAACCGUGUGUCUUUCGUAUUCAACAUGGUUGCCUCUGCUACAUACACCUACUUGCCAGCCUACAAACAAUUUGGAGGGAAUGCAAGGCUGGUCCACUUCCUCGGUGCUACAAAGCCAUGGCACUACCGCUUCGACUCCACAAGCGGCACCGUCCAGACUGGUCCAGGUUACCAACACCUUACUCCUUACCUCAAUUCUUGGUGGGCCAUUUACACACGCCUUGUCAAACCCAAUGUUCCUGAAAUGGUAGGUGCCAGUGCUUGAAUUGUGCUUUCUCGUGCUAGUGGUUGAU